UUAUAUUUACACACCCCAUUUGCACGUACAAAAAUGUCUAAUAAAGUCUCGUACGUUAAAAAUGAGGAGCCUGCCUUUAUUAAAGCUUUUAAGCAGAAGACUGGGUAUAAAGAAGGACCGACAAUUGAUGAUAAGAAAGAAGAGUUGAAAUAUGAAGAUGAAGAUAGAUCAGAUAAUGAAGAUGAAAAACCUACCAUUGUAGUUCUGAAAGAAGGUGAUCUCACUCCUGAAGAGGCAUACCUUGCCUUGAAAGAUGACAAGGCUCUCUCACAGAAUGAUGAUGUGAAUGAGAAGGAGCCAUCAGAUGGGAAAAUAACGUUCAAGAAGCCAGUUAAACGACAAAAUGAAACAGCUAAUGAACUUGCAGUGUCAAGUAGUAAAAAAACUAAAGAAGAAAAGAAAACAAAGAAAACUUCAUCAUCAAAGGAGGUGAAAAACUCCAGUUUAUUAUCAUUUGGUGAUGAUGAAGAAGAUGAAGAAACUUGAGACAGGAAUUGUGUCUGAAUGUUGUGAAUAUAAUUAAUACAAAGCAAGAAGUGUACUUCUACAGAGCUUUCGGUCUUGUGUAUAAUGUCCAAAGGUUAAAUUAAUUUACCUGAAAAGAAUAAAACAAAUAUUGCUUAAUUUUGUGAAUACUUAAGAAGAACAAAAAUUACUUAAACUUUAGAAAAAGAUUGACAAUCUCUAGAUUUGAAAAAGAACAUGAAUUUUGUGACUAUGAAUAUUUGAUUAAUUUCAAACAGAUUUUAUCUUAUAAACUACUUUGAAUUACUUAUUUGUCAUGUAAGUGAUUAUUAUACCAAGAUUUAUAUUUAAAAUUUUGUAAAACUGUUUGUUGAUGCAGUAUAUUCUGUUAAGCUAUUAUUUCAUAUGACUUUUUAAAAAUGUUGUUAAUACAAUGUAUAAUGUUAAGGUAAGAACUAGAUUUUUUGGUUUAAUUUAGUACAAAAAGUUUUUGCAAUAGCCAAACUGAACUUGCAUUGUUUGACAACAUUUUAUUUAUUAAUAUAGUAAUACAACAAGAUUUUCAUAUAUUUAUCUUUGAAAUUAUACGAUCAUUUUGUCAAUACCAUAUUUCAAGAAAUAAGGAUUAAGGUCAGUUUAUGAACAUAAACAUUUGUCCUUCACUUGCAAAAGUUUGCAAAUUUACUGUAACGAAAAACUACCUGUAGUUUUCUUUUUUUUUCACAUGCAUUUUAUGAGUUUGGAGGAGUUUUUAAGUAGAUAGAUAGAUUUAUUUCGGCAAAGGAAGCAUAUACAUAGUUGACAAUAUAACAAAGGAUAAAAUAGUGAGAAUUAUUAAAUACUAUAUCACAUACGAGAAAACUAUGACAUGCUCACCAAAACCAAAGAUAACACAAAAAAGGCAAAAAAGCUCUUAUUUCCAUUGUGGUCCUUUGUAUUGGCGGCAUGACAUAGAGAGGCAGACCUAAAUAUAAUCAUGUUUAAAGAUACUAAUAAAUCAUAAAAAUAUAUAUCACAGUCAAAUCUUGAGUUAAUGAUACUCCUGUUUACAGCUAGGAUUUAAAACACAUUACUAAAAUUGUAAAAAGAUAAUUAGCAGACAAUUUAAAAUCCUGAGCCGAAAUAUGUAAAAAAAUUAAAUUCUGUUCAUAAGAUGACUUUUGAGUAGAGCCUUUGUAGUGUACUACUUAUAGUAGGGAACGUACGGUACUUCUUUAUUAUAAAAAAAAGUAUUGGAGCUAUUGCUUUGUAAACCUAUGUCUUCAUUUCUUGUCUUGAUAUUCAGUAAAACAAAGGACUGACUUACAUCUACAUUAUGUUAACAAUGAUUAUGUGUACAGUUGUGGUUAUGAUUGAAUGAAUUGCUGAGGCAUACAUUUCUACUGACAAAAAAUACAAUAAAAAAAUAAGAUAACAGU